CGGGGUGCUCACCAACUCCCGGGCUGGACGGAAAGGUUGGCACAAGAGAGAGAGAGAGAGAGAGACAGAGGAGAGAGAGGGGGUCCAACUCCAACCACCUACUACCGUCGAUCUUUUUAUAUACGCCCCGAUCUCUCUCUUCUUCUCGUUCAUCUUAUCCUUCUGGUUCGAAACGUCUCUCUCUCUCCUUGUUGUUCAAACCAGAGAGAAAGAAGAGAAGCAAUGGCGACCAAGCAAGAAGAACAACAGCAAGUGGGGCGUCACCAGGAGGUCGGUCACAAGAGCCUCCUCCAAAGCGAUGAGCUUUAUCAGUAUAUACUAGAGACAAGCGUUUACCCUAGAGAGCCCGAGUCGAUGAAGGAGCUUCGUGAGAUCACAGCCAAGCACCCAUGGAACAUCAUGACAACUUCAGCUGAUGAGGGACAGUUCCUUAACCUGCUCCUCAAGCUUAUCAAUGCGAAGAACACCAUGGAGAUCGGUGUUUACACUGGUUAUUCUCUCCUCGCCACCGCCCUUGCUCUGCCAGACGAUGGAAAGAUUAUAGCCAUGGACAUUAACAAGGAAAACUAUGAAUUGGGUUUGCCAGUUAUAGAAAAGGCUGGAGUGGCUCACAAGAUUGACUUCAGAGAAGGACCUGCAUUGCCAGUCCUUGAUCAAAUGCUUGAGGAUGAGAAGUAUCAUGGCUCCUUCGACUUCAUCUUUGUUGAUGCCGACAAGGAUAACUACCUGAAUUACCACAAGCGAUUGAUCGAGCUAGUGAAAGUUGGAGGUGUUAUAGGGUAUGACAACACCCUAUGGAAUGGAUCGGUUGUCGCCCCGCCAGAUGCCCCUCUCAGGAAAUAUGUGAGAUAUUACAGAGACUUUGUGAUCGAGCUCAACAAGGCACUUGCAGUCGAUCCCCGCAUCGAGAUAUGCCAGCUCCCUGUGGGAGAUGGCAUCACCCUAUGCAGGCGUGUCUCUUAAUCAAGAUUAUCAAGACAUGAUCAAUUCUUAAGAACCUGUUCUUGGUUCAUGGUAAUUUUUUUUUUUUUUUUUUUUUUGCCCUUGCCCUUUUCACAUUGUAUCUUUUAAUAUAUGUAUUGUAUUGCCCUUGCGGGGAAGAGAGGGUCUAGGAAGACAAUGAUCCUAGAAUCUGGUUCCCUCUCAUUUGGUCGGUUUUAAUCCAUGAGCUCUGUUUUUCUCUCUA